AUGGAUUAUCUAACCAUUUUUGUCGUACUUUCUUUCUUUUUAACAUUCAUCUAUGCGUUCAUCAUCUCUUGUCGCCGCACGUCGCGGCUUCCACCGGGACCCUACCCUUAUCCGAUAAUCGGAAACCUUUUAGAACUUGGCGACAAACCCCACUACUCCCUCGCAACGCUCUCUAAAUGUUAUGGCCCUUUAAUGUCUCUUAAACUUGGAAGCGUAACAACCAUGGUAGUUUCAUCGCCUCAUAUCGCCAAAGAAGUCUUUCAAACAUAUGACCAAUCCUCCUCUAGCAGAGUCAUCCCGGAUGCAGCCAGACUGGUUGACCACCAUAAAUAUUCGAUGGUGUGGCUGCCGGCCGGAGAUCAGUGGCGAAGGCUAAAAAGAAUUACCAGAGAAUCUAUGUUCACCAUGCAACGCCUAGAUGCUAGCGAGAUCGUACGCCAGGAGAAGGUACAAGAACUUCUUGAACAUGUUAGUCAGUAUUGUUCAAAUAAAAAGGCCCUAAACAUAGUGUCCUCCCAAGGAUUCAAGGAUGCUGUAUGUGGCUUGAUGGAACUUUCUGGGAACCCAAAUAUAUCGGAUUUUUUUCCCAUACUUAAACCAUUCGAUCUACAAGGGUUUCUACGACGAUCAAAUGUUUAUGGCAAGAAGUUAUUGUCUAUUUUUGAUAUGAUCAUCGAUGAACGAACCCAAGAAAGAUCCAGUUCAUCGUAUGAUGGUGAUCAUUCAUCGAAAAGCCGCGAUUUGUUGGACUUGCUGCUGGAUCUUAGCAUGAAAGAUGAAUCUGAAAUUAGUCCUAAUGAUAUGAGACACUUGUUCUUGGAUUUAUUUGUUGCCGGAACCGAUACAACCUCAACCACGUUGGAAUGGGCGAUGGCUGAGCUGAUUCGUAACCCACAUAAAAUGGAAAAGGCUCGAUCAGAGCUCACUAAAUUCAUGCAAAACAACAACAAGAAUAUACACGAACAUGAUAUAUCUAAACUCCCUUAUCUACAAGCUAUUAUAAAAGAAACUCUCCGGCUACAUCCUCCGGCCCCACUUCUUCUCCCUCACCGAGCCAUGCUUGACCUAGAAAUCCAAGGUUUCAUUGUACCUAAAAAUGCACAAAUCCUUUGUAAUGUUUGGGCGAUGGGCCGAGACCCGAGUAUUUGGUCAGACCCAGAGACGUUCAUACCUGAGAGGUUUUUGGAAGUCAAGAUCGACUAUAAAGGACAGGAUUUCAUGCUAAUUCCAUUUGGUGCUGGGAGGAGGAUUUGUCCGGCAUUGAAUUCUGCUCAUAGAAUGUUGCACAUAGUCUUGGGCUCUUUGAUUCAGAAGUUUGACUGGAAGCUAGAAGGAAAUAUAAGAACACGAGAUAUGGAUAUGGGAGAGAGGUUUGGAAUCUCGUUGUCCAAAAAGGUACCACUCAUGGCCAUUCCAAUCAAACUUUAAAUGUGUUAUCUAUCAUCUUGCUAUUGGAAGGAUAAAUGUUGUAAUUAAAAGUUCUUAGGUUUAAUAUUUAAACUCUUUUUUAGUUGAUUUUAGAUAUCAAACGAAGCUAUUGUACGUAUCAGUAAUGUUUGCAGGAUUAUAUGUUCAAAUAAUAAAAUGUUCCUAUGAUAUAUUUGAUCA